CCUCCUUCCUCCCUCCUCCCCGGACCUGACCACGCUGACUGCUCUCGGCGGCGGCACCAGCGCUAAACAAAGUGAGACCUUCCCAAUGCCGCCGGCGUUUCGUUUUCCUCCCGGGGGUUUUCUCGCCGAGGACUGAACCCGUGAGGACCCAUAGCAAGACUUUGUCUGACACUGCACGGGCAAGGAGCAUUAAGGAAAUAUGGAAUGACAUGAAGAUUAGUUAAGGAUUAAAGGCUUUGGGGACACCUCCGCGGUGAAGCGAAGCCCGGACUGACCUUCUAGUCGUAGCUCUGCGGAGCCGUGUGCUGGGAGAAGAUGGCCGAUCCGGGAAUGAUGAGUCUCUUUGGCGAGGAUGGGAAUAUUUUCAGCGAAGGGCUAGAGGGCCUCGGAGAAUGUGGCUACCCUGAGAACCCAGUCAAUCCUAUGGGCCAGCAGAUGCCCAUGGACCAAGGAUUUGCCUCCUUACAGUCGUCUCUUCAUCACCCCCCCACUAAUCAAAACCAAGCGAAGUUGACUCACUUCGAUCACUAUAACCAGUAUGAGCCGCAAAAGAUGCACCUGAUGGAUCAGCCAAGCCGAAUGAUGAGCAGCGGCCCCGGGAACGGCUUAGCGUCUCCGCACUCGCAGUACCACAACCCUCCCGUCCCUCAGGUUCCUCACGGCAGCGGGGGCGGCGGGGGCGGCAGCCAGAUGGGUGUCUACCCCAGCCUUCAGAACGAGAGGCACGGGCAGCCUUUCGUGGACGGCGGCUCCAUGUGGGGACCCCGGGCCGUGCCGCUGCCCGACCAGAUCCGGGCUCCUUACCAGCAGCAGCCCCCUCAGCAGCCUCCCCAGACUCCCUCCGGCCCCUCUGGCCAAGGCCACCCUCCGCACAUGCCACCGAUGGGAAGCUACAUGGCGCGGGGGGACUUUGCAAUGCAGCAGCACGGUCAGCCCCAGCAGCCGAGGAUGAGCCAGUUUUCGCAAGGUCAAGAGGGCCUGAAUCAGGGAAACCCUUUCAUCGCCACCUCAGGACCCGGCCACUUGUCUCACGUGCCCCAGCAGAAUCCCAGCAUGGCACCUUCCUUGCGUCACUCGGUGCAGCAGUUUCACCACCACCCCCCUGCCGCGCUCCACGGAGAAUCAGUCGCCCACAGUCCCAGGUUCUCCCCCAAUCCUCCUCAACAAGGGGCCGUCAGGCCGCCGACCCUUAAUUUCAGUUCUCGGAGCCAGACGGUACCCUCACCCACGAUAAACAACUCAGGGCAGUAUUCUCGAUAUCCUUACAGUAAUCUAAAUCAGGGAUUAGUUAACAAUACAGGGAUGAAUCCAAAUUUAGGCCUUACAAAUAACACUCCAAUGAAUCAGUCUGUACCAAGGUACCCAAAUGCCGUAGGAUUUCCAUCGAACAGUGGUCAAGGACUAAUGCACCAGCAGCCCAUUCGCCCCAGCGGCCCACUGAACCAAAUGAACACCCAAACUAUGCACCCUUCACAGCCUCAGGGAACUUACGCCUCUCCACCGCCCAUGUCACCCAUGAAAGCGAUGAGUAAUCCAGCCGGUACCCCUCCUCCGCAGGUUAGGCCUGGGAGUGCUGGAAUGCCAAUGGACGUCGGCAGCUAUCCAAAUAUGCCCCAUCCUCAGCCCUCACACCAACCCCCAGGCACCAUGGGAAUCGGACAGAGGAAUAUGGGCCCCAGAAACAUGCAGCAGGCGCGACCGUUCUUGGGCAUGUCCUCGACGCCCCGGGAGAUGGGGGGGCACAUGAGGCCGAAUGGCUGUCCUGGCGUUGGCCUCGCGGAUCCACAAGCAAUACAAGAGCGGCUGAUGCCUGGCCAGCAGCACCCCGGUCAGCCUCCGUCUUUUCAGCAACAGAUGCCAAACUGUCCUCCGAUGCAGCCCCACCCGGGGAUGCACCACCAGUCUUCGCCGCCGCCCCACCCCCAUCACCAGCCCUGGGCACAGCUUCACCAGUCACCCCAGAACACACCUCAAAAAGUGCCUGUCCAUCAGCAUUCUCCGUCAGAGCCCUUUCUAGAGAAAUCAGUGCCGGAUAUGACUCAGGUUAUUGGACCGAAUGCCCAGCUGAUGAAGAGCGACGAUUACCUGUCAUCAAUGGAGCAGCAGCCGCAGCAAAAGAAAAAGAAAAAGAAAAACAAUCAUAUUGCCGCAGAGGAUCCCAGGAAAAGUUUUGGUAAAGAUGACUUCUCAGUUGGGGUUGACGGCCAGGACCUAGCCAGGAACUCCACCGAUGGCUCCCAAGACGAGAAGAAGAAAAAGAAGAAACCGAAGGCAAAGAAGGAUCCUAAGGACCCCAAGGAGAAGAAGGAGCCUAAGGAACCCAAGACCCCCAAGACCCCUAAAACCCCCAAAGAGCCAAAGGAAAAGAAAGCAAAAAACACCACACCAAAACCCAAGGCCAACAAAAAGACAGGAAAUAAGAAACCCGAUUCAGAAGCCAGCGCUGUGAAGAAAAAGGUCAACAAAGGAAAAACAGAAGGAUCAGAAAACUCCGACUUGGACAAAACCCCUGCCCCGUCUCCUUCUCCUGAAGAUGACGACGAUCCAGGUGUUCAGAAGCGACGCUCCAGCAGGCAGGUUAAGAGAAAGCGUUACACUGAAGACCUGGAGUUCAAGAUUUCUGACGAGGAGGCAGAUGAUGUGGAAGCUGUCGGGAGAGACUCCCCUUCAAACACUUUACAGUCGGAGCAGCAGGAAUCCGUUGAUGCGGAAGGUCCCGUAGUGGAGAAAAUCAUGAGUAGCCGGUCAGUCAAAAAGCAGAAGGACUCUGGAGAGGACGUGGAAGUAGAGGAGUUCUAUGUGAAAUACAAAAACUUCUCUUACCUUCAUUGUCAGUGGGCAUCUGUAGAAGAUCUGGACAAAGACAAAAGAAUCCAACAAAAGAUUAAGCGUUUUAAAGCAAAGCAGGGCCAGAACAAAUUCCUUUCAGAGAUUGAAGAUGAGCUUUUUAAUCCCGAUUAUGUAGAAGUUGAUCGAAUAAUGGAUUUUGCACGUAGCACGGAUGAUAAUGGCGAGCCUGUGACUCAUUAUCUGGUGAAGUGGUGUUCGCUUCCUUAUGAAGACAGUACUUGGGAGCUGAAGCAGGACAUAGACCAAGCAAAGAUUGAAGAAUUUGAGAAACUGAUGUCCAGGCAGCCAGAAACAGAGCGUGUGGAGCGACCUCCUGCCGAAGAUUGGAAGAAAUCGGAGAGUUCCAGGGAGUAUAAAAACAAUAACAAACUCAGGGAAUACCAGUUGGAGGGAGUGAACUGGCUUCUUUUCAAUUGGUACAACACACGAAACUGCAUUUUAGCAGAUGAGAUGGGGUUGGGAAAGACUAUCCAGUCCAUUACAUUUCUCUAUGAGAUAUAUUUGAAAGGAAUCCAUGGCCCUUUCUUGGUAAUUGCCCCAUUGUCCACAAUUCCCAACUGGGAAAGGGAAUUCCGGACCUGGACGGAGUUGAAUGUGGUCGUUUAUCAUGGGAGUCAAGCUAGCCGGCGGACCAUUCAGUUGUAUGAAAUGUACUUCAAAGAUCCACAGGGUCGAGUGAUAAAGGGGUCAUACAAGUUUCAUGCUAUCAUCACUACGUUCGAGAUGAUCUUGACGGACUGCCCUGAGCUGCGCAAUAUUCCGUGGCGCUGUGUGGUCAUCGAUGAAGCGCAUAGACUGAAAAAUAGAAAUUGCAAGCUCUUAGAGGGGCUCAAGAUGAUGGACCUGGAACACAAGGUGCUACUUACAGGGACUCCGUUACAGAACACUGUGGAAGAACUCUUCAGCUUGCUUCAUUUCUUAGAACCAAGCCGUUUUCCAUCUGAAACCACUUUCAUGCAAGAAUUUGGUGAUCUGAAAACAGAAGAGCAGGUGCAAAAGCUUCAAGCCAUUCUGAAGCCAAUGAUGUUGAGACGCCUUAAGGAGGAUGUAGAAAAGAAUUUGGCCCCCAAAGAAGAAACCAUUAUUGAAGUUGAGUUAACAAACAUUCAGAAGAAGUACUACCGUGCCAUCCUUGAGAAGAAUUUUACAUUUCUCUCCAAAGGGGGUGGUCAAGCUAAUGUCCCCAACCUUUUAAACACUAUGAUGGAAUUAAGGAAGUGCUGCAAUCAUCCAUAUCUUAUCAAUGGUGCUGAAGAGAAAAUUUUGGAAGAGUUUAAAGAAACAUACAAUGCCGACUCUCCAGAUUUUCAGCUCCAGGCAAUGAUCCAGGCUGCUGGCAAGCUAGUGCUGAUUGACAAGCUGCUGCCCAAACUGAAGGCUGGUGGCCACAGGGUGCUUAUCUUUUCCCAGAUGGUGCGCUGCUUGGACAUACUGGAAGACUACCUCAUUCAAAGACGGUACCCGUAUGAGAGAAUCGACGGCCGGGUAAGAGGCAACCUCCGUCAGGCUGCUAUCGACAGGUUUUCCAGGCCCGACUCGGAUAGGUUUGUUUUCCUCCUGUGUACCAGGGCAGGAGGCUUGGGCAUUAAUCUUACUGCUGCUGAUACCUGCAUCAUCUUUGAUUCAGACUGGAAUCCCCAAAAUGACCUCCAGGCCCAAGCAAGAUGUCAUAGAAUAGGACAGAGCAAAUCUGUGAAAAUCUACAGGUUGAUAACGAGGAAUUCUUAUGAGAGGGAAAUGUUUGACAAGGCCAGCUUAAAGCUUGGCCUGGAUAAAGCAGUGCUGCAGUCCAUGAGUGGAAGAGAGAAUGCUACCAAUGGGGUGCAGCAGCUUUCUAAGAAAGAAAUCGAAGAUCUUCUGCGAAAAGGAGCUUACGGUGCCCUAAUGGAUGAGGAGGACGAGGGGUCUAAGUUCUGCGAAGAGGACAUUGACCAGAUUCUCUUGCGCCGGACCCACACGAUUACUAUCGAGUCUGAAGGGAAGGGCUCUACGUUUGCCAAGGCGAGCUUCGUUGCAUCUGGAAAUAGGACAGACAUUUCCUUGGACGAUCCCAAUUUCUGGCAGAAGUGGGCAAAGAAGGCAGAGUUAGAUAUCGAUGCCUUAAAUGGAAGGAACAAUCUGGUCAUCGACACGCCUCGGGUGAGAAAGCAAACCAGGCUGUACAGUGCAGUGAAAGAGGAUGAGCUGAUGGAGUUUUCGGACCUGGAGAGCGACUCAGAAGAAAAGCCCAGUUCAAAGCCCCGGAGACCCCAGGACAAAUCACAGGGCUAUGCAAGGAGUGAGUGCUUUAGAGUGGAAAAGAACCUGCUGGUUUAUGGCUGGGGCCGGUGGACCGAUAUCCUUUCACAUGGGCGUUACAAGCGCCAGCUAACCGAGCAAGAUGUGGAAACCAUCUGCCGGACCAUCCUCGUGUACUGUCUGAACCAUUACAAAGGAGACGAAAAUAUCAAAAGCUUCAUCUGGGAUCUGAUCACGCCAACGGCCGACGGCCAGACCCGAGCCUUGGUUAAUCAUUCUGGCUUAUCGGCACCGGUGCCAAGGGGAAGGAAAGGGAAGAAAGUGAAAGCCCAGAACUCUCAGCCGGUGUUGCAAGAUGCCGAUUGGCUGGCCGGCUGCAAUCCAGACACUUUGUUUCAAGAGGACAGCUACAAAAAACAUCUGAAACAUCACUGUAACAAGGUCCUGCUGCGUGUCCGCAUGCUGUACUAUCUAAGACAAGAAGUUAUAGGGGACCAGGCCGAUAAGAUCUUAGAGGGUGCUGACUCAAGUGAAGCAGAUGUAUGGAUACCCGAGCCAUUCCAUGCUGAAGUUCCCACUGACUGGUGGGAUAAGGAAGCAGAUAAAUCCCUUUUAAUUGGAGUGUAUAAACAUGGCUAUGAGAAGUACAAUUCUAUGAGAGCCGAUCCGACGCUGUGUUUCCUGGAACGGGUUGGGAUGCCUGAUGCCAAGGCCAUAGCCGCUGAGCAGAGAGGAACAGACAUGCUGGCAGAUGGCGGUGAUGGGGGAGAAUUUGACCGAGAAGAUGAAGACCCCGAAUACAAACCAGCUAGAACUCCAUUCAAGGAUGAAAUUGAUGAAUUCGCAAACUCGCCUCCAGAGGAUAAAGAUGAAUCCAUGGAGAUCCACACUACAGGCAAGCACAGUGAAAGUAAUGCCGAGUUAGGCCAACUUUACUGGCCUAACACUUCAACCCUGACUACCCGUCUGCGCCGCCUCAUUACUGCCUAUCAGCGCAGCUAUAAAAGGCAACAAAUGAGGCAGGAGGCACUAAUGAAGACUGACCGGCGGAGGCGCCGGCCCCGGGAGGAAGUGCGAGCGCUAGAAGCAGAAAGAGAGGCUAUUAUAUCUGAAAAACGUCAAAAGUGGACGAGAAGAGAAGAAGCAGAUUUCUACCGGGUGGUAUCUACCUUUGGGAUUAUUUUUGAUCCCAUUAAACAGCAGUUUGACUGGAACCAAUUCCGGGCCUUUGCCAGACUCGACAAGAAGUCUGACGAGAGUUUGGAGAAGUACUUCAACUGCUUCGUGGCUAUGUGCCGGCGGGUGUGCCGGAUGCCGGCCAAACCAGAUGAUGAACCACCCGAUCUCUCCUCCAUGAUCGAGCCCAUAACCGAAGAACGGGCUUCUAGAACUCUGUACCGCAUCGAGCUGCUCCGGAAAAUCCGCGAGCAGGUGCUCCACCACGCGCUGUUAGCAGAGAGGCUCAAACUCUGCCAGCCGAGCUUGGAUCUGCCAGAGUGGUGGGAGUGUGGAAAACACGACCGAGACUUGCUGAUCGGGGCUGCUAAACACGGAGUCAGCAGGACAGAUUACCACAUCCUGAAUGACCCCGAGCUGUCUUUCCUGGAUGCCCACAAAAAUUUUGCCCAGAACCGUGGGGCGGGCAACUCGAGCCACAUGUCCUCGCUGAAUCCCCUGGCGGCUGGGUUCGGCCAGGCCCCACCCGCUGCCCCUCCCACGCCGGCCCAAGAUGACAAGGCUGCCGAACAAGCCGACGUCAAGGCGGAGGGGCCUGCCGCCAUCAAAGAGAAGCCCGAUCUGAAAGAGGAAGAGGAGGAGGCUGACCCUGGGGGCAAAGACACUAAGCAGAAAUGUGAAGCCGAGGUAGCUUCUGGGAAAAACGACAUGAAGGAUGUAGACAUCAGUCCAGAUGCAGAUCCAAAAUCAAUUUCUGAAAAAGGCUCAGAAGAGGAUGAAGAGGAAAAGCUUGAUGAUGAUGACAAAUCAGAAGAGUCUUCCCAACCGGAAGCAGGAGCUGCUUCUCAGGGGAAAAAUUUUGAUGAAGAAAGCAAUGCAUCCAUGAGCACAGCACGGGACGAGACCCGCGAUGGAUUCUACAUGGACGACGGAGAUCCAUCCGUCGCUCAGCUCCUCCACGAGAGAACUUUUUCUUUUUCUUUCUGGCCCAAGGACCGAGUAAUGAUAAACCGAUUAGACAACAUCUGUGAAGCGGUGCUGAAAGGGAAAUGGCCAGUAAAUAGGCGCCAGAUGUUUGACUUCCAGGGACUCAUCCCUGGCUACACACCAACAGCUGUGGACAGCCCCUUACAGAAAAGGAGCUUUGCAGAACUCUCGAUGGUUGGCCAGGCUAGCAUCAGCGGUACUGAGGACAUCACUGCGUCUCCUCAACUAUCAAAGGAGGACGUCCUCAACAUGUCCGUUCCCCGCCAGCGGAGGAGGAGGAGGAGGAAGAUCGAGAUCGAGGCGGAGAGAGCGGCCAAGCGGCGGAAUCUCAUGGAGAUGGUUGCACAGUUGCGGGAGUCUCAGGUGGUCUCGGAAAACGGACAAGAAAAAGUUGUCGAUUUAUCAAAGGCCUCAAGGGAGGCAACAAGUUCUACCUCAAACUUUACAUCUGUUACUUCAAAAUUUAUCUUGCCUAAUGUCGCCACCCCAGCAUCCGAUGCCUUUAAAACUCAAAUGGAACUGCUCCAAGCAGGUCUUUCACGCACACCCACAAGGCAUCUGCUUAAUGGCUCUCUAAUCGAUGGGGAACCUCCAAUGAAGAGGAGAAGAGGAAGAAGGAAAAAUGUAGAAGGGCUGGAUCUGCUUUUCAUGAGCAGCAAACGGACAUCGCUGAGCACCGAGGAUGCUGAUGUGACCAAAGGUUUUGAGGAAGAGAUCGACACCCCACCAUCAAGAAACAUUCCCUCUCCCGGACAGCUGGACCCAGAUACUCGCAUCCCUGUUAUUAACCUGGAAGACGGGACCAGGCUGGUAGGGGAAGAGGCCCCUAAGAACAAGGAUUUAGUUGAAUGGUUGAAACUGCAUCCUACUUACACUGUUGAUAUGCCAAGUUAUGUACCAAAGAGUGCGGAUGUGCUGUUCUCCCCAUUUCAGAAGCCGAAGCAGAAACGACACAGAUGUCGAAACCCUAACAAACUUGAUAUCAACACCCUAACAGGAGAGGAAAGGGUGCCCGUUGUAAAUAAAAGAAAUGGAAAGAAGAUGGGUGGAGCUAUGGCCCCUCCAAUGAAGGACUUACCCAGGUGGUUGGAAGAAAAUCCUGAAUUUGCUGUUGCUCCCGAUUGGACUGAUAUAGUUAAGCAGUCUGGCUUUGUUCCAGAGUCCAUGUUUGAUCGUCUUCUCACAGGCCCAGUUGUGAGGGAGGAAGGGGCGAGCAGGAGAGGAAGAAGGCCAAAAAGUGAAAUUGCCAAAGCAGCUGCAGCUGCUGCCGCUGUAGCCUCCACUUCGGGGAUCAACCCACUGCUGAUGAACAGCCUGUUUGCUGGGAUGGACCUUACCAGCCUUCAGAACCUGCAGAGCCUCCAGUCUCUCCAGCUGGCGGGACUCAUGGGCUUCCCGCCGGGACUGACGACCGCCACCGCCACCACCACCGGAGGCGAUUCGAAAAACCCGGCGGCCAUGCUCCCCCUGAUGCUGCCAGGUAUGGCGGGCUUACCCAACAUGUUCGGCCUGGGCGGGUUGUUGAACAACCCGCUCUCCGCUGCUACUGGAAACAACACCACUACUGCUUCCAGUCAGGGAGAACCCGAAGAUGGCACUUCAAAAGUCGAAGAGAAGGGGAACGAGAAUGAAGAGGAGAACAAGGACUCCGAGAAAAGCACAGACACUGUUUCCGCUACUGACACGGCGAAUGGAUCGGUCAGUGCUGCUACGGCCCCGGCUGGAUUGCCUACAAACCCUCUGGCCUUUAAUCCUUUCCUACUGUCCACCAUGGCUCCGGGCCUGUUCUACCCAUCUAUGUUUCUACCUCCAGGACUGGGAGGAUUGACACUGUCCGGUUUCCCGGCAUUAGCAGGACUUCAGAAUGCAGUGGGCUCCGGUGAAGACAAGGCUACUGACAAAGGAGAAGGAGCUGCCUUCAAAGAUGAAGAGCACCUGGAAGGCAGUGACGCCGAGGAGAGCCUGGAUAAAACUGCAGAUUCCUCCGUUUUAGAAGAUGAAAUAGCACAGGGUGAAGAACUAGACUCGCUUGAUGGGGGGGAUGAAAUAGAAAACAAUGAAAAUGACGAAUAACCCAGUACCAGUUACAGUUAAAGUGUUUAAAACUUUUUGACAAGUGGUAGUCCUACUGUUUACACUCACAGUUAAUGUCCAUACCUAGUUUUUAUAAGCUGUUCUGUAACAUAGUGUAGCAAAAAAACAAAAAAAAAAACCAACAAAAAAAAAAACAAAAACAACAAAAAAAAACAGUCCAAGUCAUGUUAUACAGAUGUGUCAAAAGGUAUCUUGGUCAUUAAGUAUUGUGCAGUGCAUUAUUUAUUAUCCCUAGGAGAGAUGAAAUUUGAGAGGUGAUCAUGUCUUUUUAAGGAAACCUACAUAAUGCUCUGCUUUUUUUUCUUUUGGUACCAUUGGUAUUAUAAUAAAAGCAGCAAUUUGUAACUGAGUGGCACUAAUAGAAGGAAGUGCUGCUUAAAGGAAGUAUGAAGUUAUAUAUUUAAAUUUUUUUUUUUUUUUUUUUGCUGUGAAGGUCAAGAUGAAAUUUACCAUAUAUCGUCUUUGCGCAUUGUUGACUGUAUGGGAGUUCCACACUUGCUCACACUCAUACCCACAUACACACUCUGACAAUCUCCAUGAUAGUGUGAAUGUCUCUGUCAUGAGACACAGCAAUAAUAAGGCAGCUGUUGAAUGUGAAGAGUACCUUUUGGAAAUUAACCCACUGAGAAGGUUCUUACAGGAUAAAACUACAGUUCAAUCGUCUCACGAUCUUGUAAUGCACUGGUAUAAAUGAAAGAGAGAAAGAGAGAGAGAGAAUCAGGUACCUUUUUUAAAUUAAAGGACUUUGUUACUUUAGCCACAAAGCUAAACAGCAUUACCUCAACUCUAAACUAGCCUUGAAGUUUACAGACAUGACUUUGUAAAUGUAUUGUUUUUCUUUGUCGUGAUGUCUUUUUAUUUUUUCUUUGAAAACUGCUAUCAUGUAAGAUAAGAUGUAAAUUGCUGCCAACUGUAGUAAUGAUGCUUUUAAUAAAAGUGACCCAUGAUAUGCAGA